AUGCACGACAGCUCGACGCAGUAAUAUCCGGGAGUAUCAUACAGUCGUGUCUCGCUUCAACAGCGAUCUGGUUUCAGUUUGUCUUUCAUUCAGUCGUUGGACUUCCUUAGAUGAGAAAGGGGAUUAUUGAAUGCUCUUGAACCCCGUCUCAUUCUCCGUGAUUAUAAAUUGUUCUCCCGCGCAGAUAAUAGAUCAAUUUAUCUGCAAACCAUGGCGGACCAGACGGAAAUUACAAACGUUACCUCUGAUCAAACUGAAAAUGGCCAAGGACCACCUUCCGAAGAAGACCCGGAUACUGUUGAAGAUAUGCAGAACGAUGAGGAGGUGGUGACGCAACAACCGAAGAAGGACGACAAGAAAUCUUCGUUUGAAAAGGAAGGUCCGAGCGCGGAGAUCGAAAUCGAUCCGCUCAACAAAGAAAGCUGCGUGUCGGCAGCGGCAGGAGUCGGCUCCGUGUCCAAGGACUACAUGGAAGGGACGGUCAACGCCGAGUACGUGGGCCCCAACGUGGCCUGCGUCAUGUCUUGCGACGAAUGCCCGACUAUCGUCACCAACUGCACGUUCGAGCUAUGCAGCGCCAACUACAUGAUCGGGGUCAUCCUCUGCACGAUUGGUCUCGCUUUCGACACGAAGCUGACGUGGACUGACGAAGGCGUGGAAGCCGAGGUGUUCGGUACUGGCCUGGACACAUCGGAAGGGUUCUCCUUCUCCGCGUUGGGUUCGAAGAUUGGUAUCGCCAAUAAGGAGAAGAGGGAGAAGAAGUGGGCUAAGAAAAAGCUGAGGUGGGAGAAGAAGGUGGGACCAGAGCAAGAUAAAGAUGAGAGUGGAGAAGUGAAUGCCGGAGAAGUGAAUGCCGGAGCAGAUUAGCCUCAUGAUAAUUUCGCACGCCUUAUUAUGAAUUGGAAAUCAUUUGCCCCCAUCGGUGAAUUUGUUUUACAGAUAUUUUAUGUGAGUUAUUGAAGAAUGUUCUCUUUCAUAUGAAACACAUUUUAAAAGCUUAGUUCGGAAAUUAUAUAAAGUCCUAAUUUAGAUUUUAUAUAUUAAUCGUUAUAGUAAUAUUUUAACAUUUUAUACCUAACAUAUUAAAACGAUUAUGUUAGACCUUCACAUCAAAGCCCUAAACUUUAGAACAACAACGCUUUUUAAGAAAAACAACGCUGGCUAUGAAUACAUUUGACAAACCUGAAAAAGGCUUAAAGCUGAAAAUUCGUAUAUUUCAUAUCUUCUACGGUUGUCUCAUUAUUUCUUUGUUUAUAUAUAUUUAUAUAUAUAUAAAAGAGAUAGGAUUAGGAAAGUUAACAAUACCCUGACUAAAAAGAAAAAAGCAAGAUCAAGAACAAACAAAUAAUCUUCUCUUUUUCUAAUUGUUUCCUAGUUGAAAACAGUGAAGACACUAACCUUCUCAUUUUAAUCUUAUAUUUCUAUUCAUUUUCAUUAAUUUUUUGAGUGGAGGGGGCGAGGGUGGGAGGAUCUGGGGCCCAUCUUAUCAAGAGCUGCGAUUGAUCCAAACCAAUCCCAAUGCGGCCCCCAAUUAAUUGCAAGUUUGCAGUCUCCUAUCUUUUAUGUACAUAGUUGCGAUUGAUAUCAAACGUAAAUAAGUUGCGAUUAAUAACAAUAACUCUUUAUAAGAUACAUGUAUAUGCGUUUUGUGGUGACGUGUGUGAGGCUUUUUUGGGGUGUUCUUGCUCGUUUUUGUUGUUUAUUUAUGUUUGUUUUUGGCUACAUGUAUUUUUGUAUUUGUUGUGGCAAACUAUAUUUGUGAGUUUCCACAUUCCGUGUGACAUCAUACCCAUGAUUAAGGACUUGGUAAGAGAAAAUUUGUUUUUAAUGAUAAUGAUUUGACAAUUGUAAGUGAAGUCUAGAUUGUCUAGAUUUUGUUUGCAUACUUUCAAAAUUUGCUUAAUGAUAUUCAUAAAUAUAAAAUGACUGUAAUAUUAAGUUUAGAAUAACCAUGUUUUGAUUGUGUAUAUUAUUUUGUUGAGAAGAUUCAAAUCUUGUUUUCAAUCACGUGCUAUUUACAAGGGAAAGUCAUUCGACUUCUUUUUUUUAACUUGUUCAGGUUAUGUUUGCAUGUAUAAAUUUGCUAUAGAAAGUUCGAAAUCACUGUGUUAUUUUUAGGGGAAUUCUCUUUUUUUAAAU